GAAAGUAAUAUUUAUUUGUUCAUAUUUGUCUGAAAACAUAAUAUUCGGCUUGGCUUUGAUGAAAAUCAAAGUUGGGUAACAAGGAAAUCUGUUGUGGAAUAGGGCUAAUACGAUACAUUAAACGUACAGCAACAGUCCCUCAUCAUAAAGCUCGGUAGUUAGGCUAUACUGCUGGUUGUUGUUAUUGACCGUGAAGACGUGAUAUACGGUGCGCUGAAUUCUUAAGUAUGCGUCAUCCUUCCCUGCCUUUUAAGGCCUAGUUGGGUAGGAUUUGUAUUGUUCUGUAAGCCCAAGUCAUAACAGAAUCUACAACAAUGAGUGAUUCAUUUGUGGAGAGAGAAAAAAAAGAAAGGGAAAAGCUGAGAUUGUCAAACUCGAUUCAACUUCAACAAGAUUUGCAUAGUAUUUUUGAAAGAGAGGAGCACUAUGAUUUAACGUUUGUGUAUAAGAAGAUUCGGUGGAAUGUUCACACUGCCCUCCUUCAACAGCGGGCCCCUAUUUUCUACAGUCAUGUCAAAGAUUGUGGUGAUGAAGUGACUUUAGCAUUUUUAGCAGAGGAAGAGUGUGACACUUUUAGCAAUUGGCUUAGGGCACUUUACACUGAAGAUAGUGUGGACAACUAUGAAGCUACUGUUAACGAAUGGAUAUCAAAAUUUAAAAAGUCGAUUGAAGAUGGUACUCAACAAAUGAAUGAACAUGAGAACGUAAACCUGGAAGAAUUAAACCAUCAGCAGGAAAUGGUUGUAGAUAGUACCGGAAAAAAUGUAAAUAGUCUGAGUGCUGAAAAGGGCUUUACAGAUUUACCCGAGUGUUGUAGUCAGCUAGGAAAUGAUCUAAUUUCAACAUUAAUCAGUGGAAAAGGUACUGACCUGGAGUUGAGGGUACAUGAUGGAAUGGUCAGGGUUCACAAGUUCAUUGUCAGUGGGCGAACUCAUUAUUUUGCUGCUAUGUUGAGCGGUGCUUGGCGUGAAAGCUCUGAUUCUUAUAUUUAUCUCCCAAACUUCAGCCUGUCUGCUUUGUUAUCUACAUUGUACUUCAUCUAUGGAGGUGUGCUUAAUAUUCCACAAACAGCUAGUAUUUGUGAGUUGCUAUUUAUAGCUGAUAUGUAUAAUCUACAAGGUUUAAAAGAGGUUGUUAUGCUGCGACUCAAAAGUGAUAAUUGUCACUUCUUUCACAAGCCCUGUGCAGGUUGUCUUGCUUGUGCUCCAGAAGCUUUGGCAUUGUCUGUUAAAUUCCAUGAAACAAAUUUCACAAAAGCCUGCUUAAGGUGGAUGACCAAACAUUUUGUAAAAGUGUGGAGGUCAAAAUCUUUUGCUGCCAUGGGGAAACAACUUAUGCAAAUGUGUUAUGAGAAUGCACUGGAGGAAUUGAAACCUGACUCAGUGGUUGCCAUAGUAACACAGAGCGAUAAACUUCUUGAGACUCUCCCAAGAGUAAAGUGGAACGAGCCUUUAAUUGAGCUAGUGGAGAAACUACGAGAUGCUGGCCUUGUCUACAUUGCUGAGAACUUCACAAUUGUUUCACGUCAUGAAAACUUUCAGCUGUUGCUACAAGGCAUGGGAUGGAGCUGUAACCUUCUUGAGCUUAUGUUUAACAAAGUAGUCGCUGCUCUUGUUGCGGAGACAGCGAAUUCCGUCUUUCUUUCCGCAAACUACUUGAAGAAGAUGGCAGAAGAAGAUGAACUGUCCAAUAGUGUCUCCACUGAGUUAGUUAAAUUCUAUUUCAAGUGCUACACAUACAUGGUUAGUAAUGCUAAUCACCAGAUAUUAAUUGAUGAUUGGAACACCAUACCAGAAGAUAUUAAAUGCAAGAUUAAACAAGAUGCUGUGUAUGUAGAUGAGGGGAAGAAAACCUUGGUACCAAAACCCAAGUUAACAAGUGCAUCACGGCCAAAGCCAAAACCACUUCAGGUAGAGAAACCAGCACCUACUUCAGUAAGUUCAGCAAGACCUGCAGGUGCAAGGCCUAAAAUCAAGACAGCCCAAGCAAAGCCAACAGAGCUGACUUCAAAAUCAUCUGUUAAAGCCAAAACAUCAGAGAAGGCAGCAUCAUCUGCACAAACUCCCACAAUGUCAAAUAGAAGCCAAUCUAUGAAACCACAAUCUACAAAACCAAAAGAAUCUUCUACAAAGUUAAGGGAAGCCUCUGCAAAAUCUAAAGAUGUUUCUAAUAAGUCUAGGGAAAACUCUGCAAAGUCUAUCAGUGCCUCUGUUAAGUCCACACAUUCUUCUGCAAAUUCUAAACAAGCUUCUACAAAGUUAUCAGAAACUUCUGUUAAAUCUAAAGAAGCUUCUACAAAGUCCACAGAGGUUGCUGCUAAAUCUAAAGAAGCAGUGGCAAAACCAAAUGAACCUUCCACAAAGUCUAGAGAGCCUGUUAAGCCUGAGAAGCUAAGCCGACAACCUAAGUCAGCAGGUGUUUUGAAGAAUAAGCAACCAGUCAGAGGGAAUAAAGUGGAUAGAGCAGUGCGGACAAGUUCAACAUCAGCCAGCCCUUUGCGCAAACCACCUAUUGAUAAGAAGGGUGCUAUAAAACCUAGCCCUAUUAAACAAAUGCCUUCUGUUAAAUCUUCAAGCAUUUCUACAAAAGGAAGCAGCACAUCCAGAGUUCAGAAAACCACUAGACCUCCACAUUGUAAACCCUCUUCCAGUGAGAAACCUCUAUUUGGUAAAUCAAAGUCAAAAGAUGUGACAGAUACCAAGUUUAAAAUGAUUACGAGGAAGCAAGCAGAUCCUGCAAAAAGUACUCUUAUCUCUGAGACCCAGUUAAAGCUCAUGGUGAAAAGUAAGACUGUUACAUCUACAACACAUAAAGUAUCUACUGCUGCUGAAAGUUUGGAUAUGGAAGGAUCAAUAGCAUCAGUAACAGAGAAAAAACAUGAUGAGGGAACUAACGAUAAUGCUAAAAAUGGGAAUGCAAAUGAACUUGAUAUUCCAGAAUCAUAUAUCACUGAAAGCAGCAACAGUAUUUUUCAGAUGUCUUCUAAUUCUGCAGAUAAUGGUAAUGUGAAAGUUAUAAAAGAAAUUGAAAGUAUGCCAUCACUUCCUGAUGUAGAUAAUGUUACAGUUCGAACCUCUGACAAUAGUAUUGUUGAGGAUGCAGACAAAUUGGUGUUAUCAAACACGUUUAUAUGCGACACACUUGAUGAAGGUUUUUCAAAUACUGCAACAGAAGAAGAAGGUGAUGAUAACAAAAAUAUUGAUAACAACUUACAGAUAAGUUCACAGUCUACUGAGGAGCAAAGUCACAGUAGUAGUCAACUUCCCUCAGAGACUGCCUUAAAAUGUGACGACAUGUGUGAUCAGAAGUCAAAUAAUACCGAGGCCAGUGAUAUUGAAAUGGAUGAUUUUGUGGAGGAAGAGUUUAUCCUAUCAGAUGGUAGACAAUUUGAUGAGGAAGAUGAGGGCACAUGUUCUGAAGAACUACAAAAGGUGGUUCAUGAUAAGAGCAACAAUAAGGAGUCCCUGAAGGACAGUGUCAAAAUCUGUGAAAGUAGUGAAGAUUCUUUGGUUGAUUUAGAUAUUAAUGCUGACAUGAUUUCAGAUGCAAGAGAAGAUAUAGUAAAUGAAUACCCAGAGGAAAUAAGUGCUGUAAAAUGUGAUGAAAAUAUCAAUGACGUUGAUGAAUACCAGGAUAAAGAUAAUGAUCUACCAGAACAGGUACUUGAUGAGACUGAAGAUGUUAGUGAUGUUUCAGAUGUUGAUCAUGUGAGGCAGAACAGUAAAGUUGUUAAAAACCAAGAGAUAGAUGAUGCAUUUGCAGAACAAGUAACUAGUCAGAUUGAAGUAGAUGUUAAUGAUGUUGGAGUUGACGGUGAAACUGUUGCACUUUCUCUGUCAACUAAUGUACCUUCUACAGAUAAGUCAAUUGAAAUAGAAAGGUCACAUGUGUUGGUUGAAAAUGAUAUUGUAAAAGAAACAGAUGACAUUUCCCUAUUUCAUAAACAAGAUGACGUAGAGGAUCAUGUCUCCAGCCAUGAGGAGUUAAUAGAUGACUCUAAAGAAAAUGCUGAAACAGAACAUACAUCAAGUGAUAUUGAAAGUACAUUGUCAGUGUCAGAUUGUGAUAGAAACAUUGGUAAUGAAAACAUACCUCAUGAACAAGUGAGUGGUACAGAUGAUAUCAUUCCUUUAGAAAUUGAUAAAGAGGCUAAUGAAGAAGAAAUGAGUGAAGAAAUUCAAUAUGGAGAACAAAAUGAAGAGAGUGAUGAAACUAAAGAAGAGAAUUGUUUACAGUUAGAGAGUGAUGAGGUAAACGAUGAUGCUGAAGCUGAUGAGAAUAUGCAGUCAGAUGACAAUUUAUCUGGUUCUACGAAGCCAGUGACAAAUGGUGUUCACAAUAUAGAUUCCGCCAAAGGUGAAUCACAUGCAGAAGAGGAAGAUGAGGAAGCUGCAGAAUACAGCGAGAGAUUUAUUCUAAGUAAAGCCCUACGACAUGGUACUACAAAUGGUGCUUCAUCAGUAACAGUUUCACAACAAGUGGAAUAACAAGCAAAUUAAAAGGAGAAACAGGAAAGUAGAAAAAAUAAUCUGUGUAUUUCUUUAUUUCUUUUUUUGUUUGGCUUGUUAUAGAUUCCUUUUUGGUGCUUCCAAGCUUUUGAGAAUUCUCUAAAAUUGUUUUUUAUUCAUGAACUUUAUUCUACUUAAAAACAUGAAUGGUUGAUAAAGGAAAAUAGCAUUCGGAUAUGCCACUGUAAGGAGGGUGCAAGACAUCAUGAAAAAGAAUACCUAUUUGAUAUAUCGUUGAUAAUUUUGGUAAAAGAACUCACUAGGAAAGAUAUGGUAGUAUUUGAAACAUAAGUGGCAUUACAUUAUGGCUUGUUUGUGUGGAAAACCUCAGAAAACAGAGGAGUAGCUUCUCUGAGGCAAUGCAAAUCAUGAUGUUGAUGGUGUAUAUUCCUUGUUGCUGUAAUAAGUUGACAUUGAAAGAUGUUUAAGUAGAGCCAUCACAGAUUUGCUUUUGACAAAUCUAGUGUGUGAUGAAACUUAAUAGUGAUGAGAUAAUGUUUGGUCAAAAUUAUAAUUGUUAAAUGGUAAAUGUGUAUGUGGUGUAACCUUUCGUGUGGUAUUGCCAACAGUGUAUCCAUAAUUUUUUAAAAACACAGUUUAAAACAGAUAGGUCUGCGGUUUCCAUAAAGGAUUUGUUUUUAUGCCAUAAUUAUUUUUACACUAAAACACAAAUGUGUUUUGUGUGUUGUUAAUCUUUUCCUGUAUUCCUUCAUAAAGUUGGUGUGAAAUGACCCACAAGAUACUAUACUGUUCAUCAUUCUUGGCUAGGUGCACAUAUAAAUGACCAAUAGUCUCUUGGCUCUAUCAUGAUAGCUUUCAAUUUUGUUGAGUUUGGUGAAAUUUCCUUGUUAUUUAAUUUAAAUAUUCUGAUGACUUGUUAAAUGGUGAUAAUGUGAAGUAUGUAAGUGUAAAUGGAUGUUUUUGUAAAUGUAUAUGUGGGUAACGUAUUGACCAAAUCCGUCAUUGUAGUAUUUGUGUGCUGUGCAUCCAUUGAUAAUUUGUAGAUUAUACCAAUUUUUUUCAAUUUUAUGUUUCAAUUAUGUAAGUUAUUGCUGUUAUGUAACAAUGUUCUCAUAUAUUUUGUAAGGGUAUGCGUGAAGGUAGAACCUCAGUGAUGUAUACAUAUACAGUAUUAGACUCCUGAUCAAAGUGUGUGUGUUUUUCCAUAUGACUUUUAGAAGUUAGGCAAUUCCCUACCUUUCAAAGUAAGCCUGAUAAAUAUUUUGUAUUGAUAAUUAGCAAACCAAUGAGGUAGUCCUACCAGUACUAGUUUAUUGUGUGCCCACUGUUUUAUCUUAAAUUUAUAUUUCUAUGAACCCAUAAACCUGUUGACUCUCCAUCGAAAGUUGUGAUGGUACUGUAGAUUGACCUCUUACUUAUAAUUGUAUAAUUUAAGAUUUAUGGUAUGCCUACAUUAUUGAUCUAAUCUGCAUUUAAAAUUACUCCAAACCAAGAGUAAGUUGCAACAUUUUUCCACAUUUUGAAAAAAAAAAUAAAUACUUUCUGUGUUGGUCUAAAAAAACUUUUAAAAAUUCAAUAUUUGAAGUGCUUAAUUUGUAUGCUUAUACUUUAUGUUAUAUUAGCUUUCAAUUAAAAAUUAUUACUUAAAAAUUAACCAAAAAAAUUAUGCUGUUACUGUUAAACUACUAUACUCCUACUGUAUUUGUUAAAACACAUUUUUCUGAUGAUUAAUUCAUAUAGUUUUUUCAUGGAUUCUUAAAGUUGACUCUUAAUAUGAAUUUUUGUAGUAAAAAUUAUGUUAUUCAGUGAAACUUAAUUGUUUUGGAAGCUUUAUCUAUAUAUUUGGUCCUCUUAGCAAUUAUUAAUAGCAUUUUUAAAGGUUAUUUUUUAGAUUGUAUCACAGAGAGUAUAUCUUUAAAAUUGUUUUCCAAACCUAUAAUAAAGAUGCAGUGUUUAAAAUGACUUUUGAUACAAUGUUCCAAAUGUGAUAAUCCAAAUAAAUGUCUUUCCCAUAUUGGCUGAGUAAUUUUUUUUUUCUUUUUAUGUUUAUGCAAAUAUAUAUUUUAAUGAAUAAUAACAGGUCUGCCAUUGAUAUAUUUACAAAUUCUCAAAAAACAAUGAUGCCAUUUACCACUCUAUCCACCUAUCAGUAAAAACUACUGUAGGUACACAGUUAUUAAAUGACUAAUAGGUUGAUCUUAGUUUUGCAGUAGACGAAUGAUGAUAAAUAGCCAUGAUUGUAAAAAUGGUGAAAUACACUAAUAAUUAAAUAUAACAUGAUAAUGACAAUGGCCAUAACCAAUAGACAAUGUAAAAAUGAUAAAAUGACACUAGUUAAAUUAAUAUAACAUGAUAAUAAGGCUACAAAAAGAAUGCCCUUAAUCAAGAUCAAACAAUUAUUAUUGUUAUUGUUAUUGUUAUUAUUAUUAUUAUUAUUAUAGACAUACUGUUGUAUGACUUUACCCCUGAAGAUGUAUUUUCAAAUGCUAAAUACCAAAAAAAUCAUAAAAAACAUUUUUUGAAAUUAACUUGCCCAUUUUGAAGUAACAUAAAAGUUAUCAAUUUGAACAUAGAAAUUAGUGUAUUUAAAAAAUGUCGACCCAUCAGUUUACAGCGAAAAAUAAUAGGAACACUUCCAGUUACUGGAACUGUUUUAUUAUUUUUAUUAUAAUUUUUUGGUUUAAAAAUCAGGGUACAUAUUUUUUAAAUUCAAUAAUUUUAAUCCACAAGUUAAUAAUUUGUAUGCUAUUGCAAUAUGAGCAAGUUUAUUCCAAAAUUAUUUUUUUAUGAUUUUUUGACAGCAAGGGACAAUACAUCUUUAAAUUAUGAAUUAAUUUAUUGUUGUUUUGUAAUUUGUGUGCAAUGUAUGACCCAGGACUAUUUUUUAAAUGUGUCAUUUGUAAUUAUCUGCAAUUAACCUACAAUUUUGAAAUAAACCUUGAACUUGAAAUAUAUGAUAUUGUAAUACUUAAAUGAUAAAUCAAAAAUACUACCCAGUAGAUUAUUUAAUUUAAUUUAAAAAAACAAGAAAUAUGUUUAUAUAAUUAUAAAGUGGUUAAGUAAUCCAUGACUUCCAUUAAUAUUAUAUUUAAUGAAUCAGUGUUUAUUUGAUCUUAUAAAUUUUGAUGAUAAAUAAAUAAAGGACAGUACAGUA